AUGAGGACCCUGUGGCUGUGCUGGGCGCUCUGGGCGCUGCCCCUGAGCGGCCCCGCGGCGGCCGUGACCGAGGAGCAGAUCCUGGGCAGCCUGCUGCAGCAGCUGCGCCUCAGAGAGGUGCCCGUCCUGGACGAGAGCGACGCGGAGGAGCUGGCCGCCCCCGCCCGCGUGAGGGCCCAGUAUGUGGCCCUGCUGAGGCGCAGCCACGGGGGCCGAUCCCGGGGGAAGAGGUUCAGCCAGAACUUCCGAGAGGUGGCCGGCAGGUUCCUGGCGUCCGAGGCCUCCAGGCGCCUGCUGGUGUUCAGCAUGGAGCGGCGGCUGCCCCCCAACAGUGAGCUGGUGCAGGCGGUGCUGCGCCUCUUCCAGGAGCCUCUCCCCGAGGCUGCGCUCCGCAGCCACGAGCUGCUCUCUCCACACAGCGACCGGGCCCGGGUCACCGUCCAGUGGCUGCAGGCCAGGGAUGACGGCUCCAACCGCACGUUCCUCAUCGACUCCAGGCUGGUGUCCGUCCGCGAGAGCGGCUGGAGAGCCUUCGACGUGACCGAGGCUGUGAACUUCUGGCAGCAGCUGAGCCGGCCCCGGGAGCCGCUGCUGCUGCAGGUGUCGGUGCAGCGGGAGCACGUGGGCCCGCUGACCUCCAGCGCCCAUGAGCUGGUGCGCUUCGCCUCCCAGGGGCCGCCGGGCGGCCGGCAGGGCGAGCCCCAGCUGGAGCUGCACACCCUGGACCUCGGGGAGUUCGGAGCUCAGGGCAAUUGCGACCCUGAGGCGCCAGUGACCGAGGGCACCCGCUGCUGCCGCCAGGAGACCUACAUUGACCUGCAGGGGAUGAAGUGGGCGGAGCACUGGGUCCUGGAGCCGCCCGGCUUCCUGGCCUACGAGUGCGUGGGCGCCUGCCAGCAGCCCCCGGAGGCCCUGAGCGUCAAGUGGCCGUUUCUGGGGCCAAGACAGUGCGUCGCGUCCGAGACGACCUCGCUGCCCAUGAUUGUGAGCGUCAAGGAAGGAGGCAGGCCGCGGCCGCAGGUGGUCAGCCUGCCCAACAUGAGGGUGCAGAAGUGCAGCUGCGCCUCGGACGGGGCGCCCGUGCCAAGGAAGCUGGAGCCGUAG